GGAGCAUAAUUAACCGACCCAGAAGCAAACCCUUGGUGUCCUCUCUCUUCGUUCCGCUGACGAAAAAAACUCUGGAAAAGAAAAAAGGACAUCAACUAAUGGCGGAGACUGAGGCGGUGGAAGUCAUUAGAUCAUCGGAGCAACAAGAAGAACAGAAGAAGAUGAGAGAGAAAGAAGAAGGGGAGAUCGAUGAAGAGAACGACAACGAUAAUAAUCGAUCAUUCAACGGAGAAGGAGAUACUGAGGAGCCACCGCCGUCACUGCUGACGCAUCCAUUGGAGAACUCGUGGACCUUCUGGUUCGACAAUCCGUCGGCAAAGUCGAAGCAGGCCGCUUGGGGUAGCUCUAUCCGCCCCGUCUACACUUUCCACACCGUCGAAGACUUCUGGAGCCUCUACAAUAAUAUUCAUCAUCCAAGCAAGUUAGUGGUGGGAGCAGACUUUUACUGUUUUAAACAUAAAAUUGAGCCAAAGUGGGAGGACCCUGUUUGUGCAAAUGGAGGAAAAUGGACCAUCAACUGUGGGCGAGGAAAAUCAGAUACAUUGUGGUUAUACACUUUGUUGGCAAUGAUUGGUGAACAGUUUGACUAUGGUGAUGAGAUUUGUGGAGCAGUUGUUAAUGUACGUGGAAAGCAGGAAAGGAUUGCCAUAUGGACAAAAAAUGCAGCUAAUGAAGCAGCUCAGGUUAGCAUUGGAAAACAGUGGAAGGAAUUACUGGAUUGUAAUGAAACCAUCGGUUUCAUAGUUCAUGAGGACGCAAAAAAGCUUGACAGGAUGGCUAAAAAUCGAUACACAAUAUGACUCAGAUCUAAUGGAGAUGCCUCUGCCUUAGUGUUUUGAAACAUGGAUUAUAUGAAUUAGGGGAAUAGUGGUCUGUUGAUAAAUAGAUUUGUGAUAAUCUUCUUUUUCUGAUAAUAACCAAUGUUUCUUUAAAAGAAAUUAUACUGGGGUUUUGCACUAUAUUUCUCCUUUAAAUUGGUUUAUUACAUGUCAUUCUUGUAAGAUCUUUGUUGUUCUUUUUAGAUUCUAAUAUAGCUUGUUUGCAGAAA